AUGUCCCACAGCACAGACGUCCCGCUUACCCUGUACACAAGGGUAGAAAUUGAGAAACCAUUGCGUACCCCUAAUCAGAACUAUUAUGUGUCCAAACCCCACAAUCCUCAUAUGCCUAGAGUUGGUAACAGUCAUCGCGGACGCUUCCCUAGUUAUUAUGUAGAAAAUGAACAUUAUAAUAAUGGGGAAAGUUCUCAUAGGAUGGAAUCAAAAAUCGCUCAAAAUCCUAAACCAGAAGUAGUUAAAACGGAGAAAGUUGACCAUAGUGCGAAUAAGCUGGGCACUACGAACAACAUGUUGAGUUUUUUCCAAGCGGUCAUGAUUAUCGUUCUUUUGAUGCGAUUAGGCAGGAAUACAUCCGAGAGACUCAGGAAGAAGCACGAAGCAAGGAAGAAACUAUUAAAAUUCCUGGACAACGAGAACAAAAAAAUUAGAAUUGAUGAUAAAUUGAUGGCAGAGAAGUGCAAGAAAUUGGAGGAGAAAAUAAAAAAGGAAGAAGAAAAGAUGGAAUUAAAAUGGAAAGAGAUAAGAGCAAAACUCAAGUUAAAAAUGAAAACAAAGCCAUCAAAAAACCAUUUUCCUGGUAUAGGUCCAUUCUACGACAAAGACAAAAGACGUUUGGAUCGUAGAAUGAACGCUGUAGAUAUCAAGUAUGAGAAGUAUAAAUUGAAGAAGAAGAAGCGAUGGUGUGCCAUGAAAGCAGCCUAUCAUAAGAAACUCAGGAAGUUGCAAAGAAAACAGGAGAACAGAAAACAGAGGAAGUGUAAACGGAUGUUUGUAUUUGAAAGGGAUUGGAAUUUUGGACCCUCAUCAAUCAAAAAGUACAUAAACCAGAGAGAGGAUGAUUAUAAAAAUGAUGAUAGGUAUUAUAGGAAAUUAAAGGUAGAUCAAAAAGCGGCAGAUAAGGCAAAAGAAGAAGCGGAAAAAAAGGCAAAAGAAGAAGCGGAAAAAAAGGCACAAGAAGAAGCGGAAAAAAAGGCAAAAGAAGAAGCGGAAAAAAAGGCACAAGAAGAAGCGGAAAAAAAGGCAAAAGAAGAAGCGGAAAAAAAGGCAAAAGAAAAAAUGAUGCAGGAAGAAUUCGAUGCGGAAUAUGAAUACUAUGUUGAUGAUGACUAUGAUGGGUAUGGUGAUCAUGUGGUCUAUUAUUUCAUAAAUUCCGAUGAUGAUUAUUAG